CAAGUCUCUUGCGUCAAGCACCUCCCGCCCUUCGAAUAGCCCCGACAUGCCAUUCCAGCGCAGAGUAAUCGGGAGCCAAUCGCCGUUUGGUCGAACUUCGAUGGUGAGGCCCGGACCCAGGAGGCCAACGAUGACUGGUAUGACUAUGUGGGUGAGAUCUUCGCGGACGAGUAUCCCACGGAGCUGGCGGCUUACCAAGGGGUUGGUGAGGUGCCAGCGGCUGUGAGGUGCUCAAUGCGAGACGGCAGGGGUAGAAGUGAAUUGGUUUGUUUCGCCUCUGCCCAUCUUGGGUUAUGCAUGUCCUUGUUGGCCAUUGGGUUGCGCCGCAGAUACUGGGUUCAG